AGCCCUCCCCCGGCUUUCCCUGCCCCCGCCCCCCUGCUUGGGCCGGCAGCGUCUGCCACAGGUGGAGGAGCGGCGCCCGCACGCCCCGCGGGCCGUACUACUGAGCGGCUCAAGUUCGGCUGUCUGGAGCUGUGGGGACGCCCUCCUCGGCGGCAGGCGUGGCAUGAAGCCAAACCCGGAACUGUCAGCCCAGCCCCUGCUGGGGCUCGGCUCCCACGUGACCCAAAACUUACUGAGAAUGGACUCGUCCUCGGCGGCAGCAGCGGUGACUGCCGGCGGCAUGUCCUACCAUGCCCUGCUGGACGCUGCUGCUGCUUCGAACCGCAACGACAGGAAGACCCACGCACCCGUGACCCCCAUGGGUGCCGUGGCGGGAGGCCCGCGGCUGGACGACAGCGUGGAGAGGCCCUACCCCUGCCACUUCUGUGAAGCGCGGUUCAAGAAGAAGCAGCACCUGCAGAACCACGAGCGGAUCCACACCGGGGAGAAGUACGUGUGCACGCUGUGCGGCCAGGCCUUCAGCCGCAUGCACAUCCUGAAGCACCACUUGGAGAGGAAGCACGCGGACCCCCCCAACGCCCUCUACGCCUUAGAUCAGUGAGGCCAGGGAGGGGCCGCGUGUCGGUGACAGCGUCCAGAUAUUAUUUCGUAAUGAUUGUCUUGGUAUUUAAGGCAGCUUUAUUGAGUCAUUAAUGUGUAAGUUUUCGCGGCAGCGUGAAUAGACUUUGUAUUUCUUUGUACUGGAGGGUCCUCUGGCCCUCAGUCCCGGCCAGGGAGCACCUGCUGAAUAAAGUGAAGUGAAGAA